AUGAAGUUGAGCGCUGUAGCCACCCUCUUCACCGCCCUUGCGGCGGUGACCAUUGCAAACCCGGUGACACGGUCGCACAGCCACGUCGUGCACGAGGAGAGGCAUCCCGCGCGAAGAGAAUGGGCCAAGAAUCACAAACUACACACUAUGGCCAGGCUGCCAGUACGGAUUGGUCUUGCACAGUCAAACCUUCACCGCGCAAACGAGUUCAUGAACGAUGUGGCUCACCCCGACUCGCCCAACUACGGCAAACAUUGGACCCAUGAUGAAAUCGCCGAAAUGUUUGCACCGAAGCAGGAGUCCAUUGCUCUGGUCAUGCAAUGGCUUGAGAGCGAGGGCAUCCACCGGAGUCGUGUCGAGCUCACAAGAGGUCGCAGCUGGAUCCAAUUCAACGGGACAGUAGGCGAGAUGGAGCGGCUCUUGAAGACCGAGUACCACAUGUACAAGCACGAACAAGGUCACAAGCACGUGGCUUGCGACAAGUACCACGUUCCGGAGCAUUUGGUUCAGCAUAUCGACAUGAUCACGCCGACGGUUCACUUUGACCAGCGCAUUGGAGAGCAAAGGAAGAACACCAAGCAUGAUCUGGAGGAGCACCACAUCGAAGAGCUCAAGAAGCGGCAACUCAGGAAGCGCGAGCUCGCCAAGCGAGACGUUGCUACUGGCGGCAAGAACCCGGCCAUUCAGGGCAGCCCAGACAGCGGCUUCGGACCCAAGCAGGGCGCGGUUGUCAUGAACGCCCUCAUGGAUCUCAACCAGUGCGACUCCAUGAUCACUCCGGACUGCCUGCGGGCGCUCUACGCAACCCCUCCCGGGUCGCUCAAGUCGUCCAACAACACCCUCGGCAUCGUCGAGUACACGCCCCAAGCAUUCCUUCAGUCGGAUCUGGAUAUGUACUUCAACGAAUUUGAGCCUCGUGCGAAGGGACAGGGCCCCAUUGUCAGCCUCGUCGGGAACGCCGUAGUACAGACCACAAACCAGAGCUUCCGCUUCAAUGGCGAGUCUGCGCUCGAUCUUGAGUUUGCCAUGGCCAUGAUCCACCCUCAAACGACAACUCUGUACCAGGUCGGUGACCUCAACCAGGGUGCCAGCUUCAACAACUUUCUCGAUGCGAUUGAUGGCAGCUACUGCACUUUCCAAGGUGGCGGUUCCAAGGAUCCCAACAUUGACGGGCAAUACAGCCAAAAGGUCUGCGGCUCCGUCCCCAUGGUCAACGUCAUCUCCACAAGUUACGGUUUCAACGAGGCGGAUCUCGGCAAGAAGUACGUCGAGCGCCAGUGUGCCGAGUACAUGAAGCUCGGCCUGGCGGGCGUCACAGUACUCUACUCUUCUGGUGACUCUGGUGUUGCCGGUAACGGCAAGCAGUGCAUCGACACUCAGACUGGUGCAUACAACGAGGGCCAGCAGGGUAUCUUCAAUCCUUCGUUCCCCGGCGGCUGCCCUUGGGUUACCUCCGUUGGUGCUACUCAAAUUUUGGAGGGAUCGACGGUCCAUACCCCUGAGAGCGCCUGCCAAAAGGCCAUCUUCUCUGGUGGAGGUUUCUCCAACGUCUUCGCAAUUCCCGACUACCAAAAGAAGAUGAUGGAGCAGUACUACGCAAAGAACGCGCCGCCGUAUGGUGCAGAUCGGUACAACAACUCCAAAACGGUGCGAGGUUUCCCGGACAUUUCUGCCAAUGGCGCCAACUAUGUCACUGCCGUCAACGGCAAGUUCUCGCUCUCUUUCGGCACAUCAGCGUCGGCACCUGUUGUUGGGUCAAUUGUCAACAUGAUCAACGAGAAGCGUAUUGAGGCGGGCAAGAAGCCUGUCGGCUUUAUCAAUCCCACGCUCUACGCUCACCCUGAGAUUCUCAACGACGUGACCAACGGCGACAAUCCAGGCUGCGGUACUAAGGGCUUUUCCGCCGUGGCAGGAUGGGAUCCCGUCACCGGCAUGGGAACACCUAAUUACCCUGAGAUGGAGAAGCUAUUCAUGAGCCUACCCUAA